AUGUCCAACCCCCGUGUUUUCUUCGACGUCAGCAUUGGCGGCCAGCCCGCUGGCAGGAUCGUCAUGGAGCUCUACGCAGACAAGGUCCCCAAGACUGCUGAGAACUUCCGCGCCCUCUGCACCGGUGAGAAGGGUACCGGCAAGUCUGGAAAGCCCCUCCACUACGAGGGCUCCGUCUUCCACCGCGUCAUCCCCCAGUUCAUGCUUCAGGGUGGUGACUUCACCCGCGGCAACGGCACCGGUGGUGAGAGCAUCUACGGCGAGAAGUUCGAGGACGAGAACUUCAACCUAAGGCACACUGGACCCGGUGUUCUCUCCAUGGCCAACGCUGGACCUGGUACCAACGGUAGCCAGUUCUUCAUCUGCACUGUCAAGACCUCAUGGCUGGACGGCAAGCACGUCGUCUUCGGCCAGGUUGUCGAGGGCAUGGACGUUGUCCAGGCUGUUGAGAAGGUUGGCUCUCAAACUGGCAAGACCAGCAAGGAAGUCAAGAUUGAGAAGUCCGGCCAGCUGUAA